GUGAUACCUAGUGAAUAAAAGCUCACACCCACUGUGCACUGCUCACUAGUCUUUCUAGUCUUCUCCCUCCCUCCUUCCAUCCAACCAAACCUCUAGAAAGAUGGGGUUCAUCUCCAUCUUCAUAUUCAAACUCAAACCCUAAAUCCCAUCCUAUUCAACAACAAGAUGAUUACCCUUCUAAACUUACUUCAAUGUAACGAAGACACCCAUCAAUGGGAUAUUGAUGAAAUUGACACCUACACUGUUGGUAUUAAUAUUGAUAAUAAUACUCACCAGGAACUAUCCUCGUUACUCUCCAAAGAAUCUCACCAGCGGUUGCACAACAACAACAACAAUGGCCGCUGUUCCAACCACCGUCGUGACGUCGUGCAGUGGAUUUUGGGAGUCGCUUCGCAUUACUCGUUUGCAGCUCUAACGGCCGUUCUGGCCGUUAACUAUUUUGAUAGGUUUUUUGACAGAUUUGAUGAAAUGGAGACAGGGAAGAAGAAGCCAUGGAUGAGCCAACUUGCUGCUGUUGCUUGUCUCUCCAUUGCUGCUAAAGUUGAAGAAACUCAUGUCCCUCUUCUUUUAGAUCUCCAAAUUGAUGGAAGCAAAUACGUUUUCGAAGCGAAAACAGUUCAAAAAAUGGAGAUUUUAAUACUAUCAACUCUAGAAUGGAAGAUGAACCCAGUGACUCCACUCUCAUUUCUCGGUUACGUCACAAGAAGACUCGGAUUGAAACCUUAUCUUUCUGUUGAGUUCAUCAACAGAUGCGAGUGUGUUUUACUAUGCUUCCUUCUUGAUGGGAGGUUCAGGUGUCAUCUUCCAUCAGUGGUAGCAACAGCAACAAUGGUGCAUGUGAUCAAUAGUGUUGAACCGUGUAUCGGAACUGAAUUCCAAUCUCAACUACUGGCCAUUCUUGGUAUCAAUAAGGAGGAGGUGGAGGAGUGUCGAAAGGAAAUCCGGGAGGUAACACAUUGUAAAAAUUCUAGUACGCGAAAACGAAAGUUUGGAUCGCUACCCAAGAGUCCAGAUGAUGUAACUGAUCUGUCAUUCAGCUCCGACGAGUCAUGGUCUGUGGUGAACCCAUCGGUUCCAUCCUCGCCCGAACCAGGAGCCGAUAAGAGCCGGAAGGGUGCCGAUAAGAGCCGGAAGGGUGCAGCCUAAGCCAGCCAGACAAGAGUUGUGUCAAUGUUUACUACCUUAAUGGCUUAAUUUAUGUUAAAUUGCCAACCAUCC